AUGUGUCAUUACUGUCACAAGUUGGGUAACAACAUAAAUGCCCCACCCCAUCGUAGUAAAAAAUGUAUUGAUAAAGAUAAUAUUCAUUCGAAAGUUCCUAUUAGUAAACGACUAUAUGAAAAAGGAAAACGAUUAUCAACAACGAGAAGUGAAUCGACGGAUGACAAUGUAGCUUCGGACGGUAUUUGUUCAAUAUGCUGGGAACGAAAAAGUAAUUGUGCGUUUAUCCCAUGUGGACAUGUAACAACUUGUGAACAAUGCUCAAAUGAUGUUGAUAAAUGUCCAGUAUGUCGGGCAACCAUCCAACAAAAACAAAAACUUUAUAUUGUCUAA